AACAAAGGAUUUGGGUUCAGUUUCACUUGGAGAAGAAAGAAACACCAAGAAAACUGACAUGAUGUUUCCACAAGCCAGGCACUCGGCCGCGUCUCAAUCAGCACAACCACUAAAGUUCACCACCUCGGACUCCUGCGACCGCAUUAAAGACGAGUUCCAGUUUCUCCAAGCACAAUAUCACAGUCUGAAGCUGGAGUGUGAUAAACUGGCUACGGAGAAAUCUGAGAUGCAGCGUCACUACAUCAUGUACUACGAGAUGUCGUACGGGCUCAACAUUGAGAUGCACAAACAGGCUGAGAUUGUAAAGAGGCUGAAUGCCAUCUGCGCUCAGGUGCUGCCCUACCUGUCCCAAGAGCAUCAACAGCAGGUCCUGGGAGCGAUUGAGAGAGCCAAGCAGGUCACUCCACCAGAGAUGAACUCAAUCAUUCGGCAGCAGCUCCAGGCCCACCAGCUCUCUCAGCUGCAGGGUUUGGCUCUGCCUAUGACCCCUCUGCCCCUGGGUUUAACCCCCCCGACCCUGCCUUCCUCCUCCUCUUCGUCCUCCGCCGCUCCGGGUCUCUUCUCUCUCUCCAGCAUCCUGGCAUCACACGCUCACCUCGCCAAGGAAGAGAAGAAUGCCCGUGAUGCUGCUAACAGUGCCGACACGCACCGCGACGACGACGGAGACAAAUCCGACUAAGUCCACUUUAAUGCUUCUCUCACUGAGGCGACGAGAGCACAGAGAGACAAUGAAAAGAGCACAGCAUUGUUUUUUCAUCUUCAUUUCCCUCUCGCAUCCUUCUUCUAAAGCCUCUUGCUUUUCUGAAUGCAUGCCUUAGUUUAAAUAAAUCCUUCGUAGUUGCGUUAAAAUCUGCCCUUUUUUUUUUUUAUAAUCUUUUUUUCAUUAUUUGCAUUUAAUUACCUGGCCUGCUAUUUGCCGUCCCUGCUUCCUGCUUUUGUGGUUGGGUUUGUCGAGCGCUUAUUAUUCCACUGUGCGAUCCACAGCUUCCUGCAGUCUGCUAGACUUUCCGAGAUCAUCCCAGAGCUCCUUCUCCUAUGAGCUAGUCCUCAGACUAAACAGAUCAGCUUCUGGAUUAAGCCGAGGACCUGAUCCUCUUUCCAGAUGCUCAGACAAUCCGUUCUUUCUUUCUUCCCUCUUUGCAGACGUGGUGGAAUCGGAUAUCGUUUGUAAGAUCUUACGAAAGCACAAUUAGCCAAAUCAGCAGUGUCAUCGUAUAAUAACUGUACAACUCCAAUUUCUUUUUUGCUAUAUCUCUAUCUGUAUCUAUAUCUGCUUUAAACUUUGCAUUUCAAAGAACAUUAAAGGUGUAGUUUGUGAUAAUUAAAGCGGUUCUAGAUUUAUAAUAAUAGUUUUAAAGAUACCUUAGGGGGGAAAAACUGACUUAUUUUAUUUCCAUCCAAAUUUAUUCAGUAGUUUUUUUUUAUUUCACAUUUUUCCUUUUUUUCCCACCCUGAGAAAGAAACGGCUGCUUACCUGUUCCUUUUUUUCCCCCCAUUAAACGUAAGAGACAAGGUACAAUACCUUAUUACAUCACAGAUUCACUACCCUACAACGUUUCUAUAUUUUCUAGUGUUACAACCUGGACAACAUGGUGGUGGUAGCAUCAUGUUGGGUAAAAAGUCGAUUAUUCAGAGAAGCAACCAUGAGGCUGAGGGUAACUCUCAGCAUGACUUGAGCUACCACCACCAUGCUUCACUGUGUGGAGGUUCCUGACCUAAUCUCCCGGAUAAGUCCGUUUCAGUUCCAGGUUCUCACCACUAGUUGACAACCACACGUCGUAGCUUGAGUCGAGUAUGAUGGAAAACCCAGAAAGUUAAGCGUGGUCCGCUGUGUCUGUUCGUGUCUCUUAGAAGUAGGUUUUCCAGCACGGGAAAGUCUUGAGGGUGGGAUUUUGUGCUUUGUAUUUUUCUCUGUAAUAUGACAAGCUGCAUUUUUUAUUUUUAUUUUUUUUUUUUUGUGUGUGUGUUCUUGAUAAAUUCAAGACAAAGAGAGGCUGGUGAGGGAACCGCUGUUUAUAGCUGCUAUAAUGUAAGUGGUAACAGGAACGAAUUUGUAAUGUGGACAGUCCACAACAUUAAACGUAACUAUAAAUGGAUAAACAGUACAAUGUGUCAUUCUUCAAUUAAUAAUAAUAAAAAAAAAAAAAAUUAUUGUUGCCAAAUCGAUGUGGUCUAAGAGGAAUAAAACACUUCGGACAUAACCUCCUCGUCGUUGAUUAGUUUAAUAUAACAGCAUGCCACAUUGUUUUAUUCUUUACACAUAUCGACGCUCACUUUUUAUUAUUUUCUUUUCCCAGCAGUGAUUCUCAUUUAUAGCCUGUUUCAUAAGCAGACACAAAAGCCCGACCACUGCUUCUCCAUUUUCAUUUCAGUCUCCUCACGCUUUCCUGCAGUCAAGCAGUUUUCAGAGCGACUAAUGGAGUGUGUGAGCUAGGACAUGUUUUCCUCUUCUGCUACCAAAGGAGGUAUAUUGUUCUGCCUCUCUUCCCUCCUCUCUUCUCCAAUCACUCUCUCCCCAAGCUGGCUGCACGUGGGAUCUGUGUUGUGGAUGGUGAAUUCAUGUCAUAUACAAAGAGGAAAUAUGUGUGUGGGGGGGGGGGGGGGUUAAAGUGCAGCUUUGCUUAGACGUAUCCAGAAUGCACAUUCUGUUUGAGAUCUUGUCUGAAACCUGCACUCCUGUCAUGGAGUGUUGUCCGGUCAGCACUUAGUUCGAAAUCCGUUUCCCGAAUGAAUCGAUGAUGCUUUAAACAAUGGUCUUUAUAGAUCCUGUUCACUGAUGGACCAAGGUCCCCCCCCCUUAGAAAAGGAAAUGAACACUGAGAAAGACUCUUCAAACAUGAGCAUUCAGCUGUAAUCUGCGAUCUCCGAGCUGCUUUGCACAAAAGUACAGCAAAAUCUUUUACAACUGACACAGAUGUCAGGCUGAAGAAUGCAAAUACGGCUCAUUUCUUUAAGUACAAAAGAACAGGUGGAUGGCUUAGUGCGUCAUAUUAAAGAGGAAGUACAGUGAAAAUGAUGAACAGGGAAAGCAUAGCGUCGAAUCUGAAGGGCUUUGUGUUAAAUGGCGAAUAUCUCCAAUCCUAAAUCAUAGUAUUGGGUUCAGUCCAAAAUCAAUUUAGUAGCGGUUAUGACCCUAUUUGUAAUUCUGUCACUUGAAAAUUGUCAAAUGGGGGAGAGGGGUGGAGACAAGUAUUUUGGAAGAGCAAGAUCAUCUUAAAUAAGGAAUUUGAAUAUUCUGAAAAUACAGCGUUCUUCAGUGUCUGUGAACGACCCCCAAUUUGUUUGCGUCAUGUCACCACAGGGUGGCAGAAUUUCCUUGAGAACAUGUUGUGCCUGUUGUGGAAAUGUAUUGGUCCUGUUUGGCUUUUUACUACCUAUAGUACAUUUUUAUCUUCCAAAUUCUUAUAAUCCAGGGGUCCAUCAACUCCUAGGCUGGAGACAGAAGAGUUUGAUGAUGUCGAUGCUUUUCCGCAAGUAAACCGAUGUGAAAUGGUUGGGAAAUGAUCGAACUGCAAAUCUCCACGCCUUGAGGACUGAAAAGAUGAGAAAAGAGCAGAAUUCAUUAUAAACAUGCUGUGUAUGGUAGUGUGUGUGAGUGAGUGUGUGUGUGUGUAUGAUAGGAUAGAAAAGUAUUGUUUGUACUGUAUGUAUUUUAAUACAUGCUAUCAAUCCCUGUCAAUCAACACUUGAUGUCCUUGUUUAAACAUUUUGCAUCACCUUUGAGACGUUCAGAAGACUUACUUUUUGUCAUCCUCGUUCAGCUUGGGGGAAAUAAAUAGCUCCACACACAAAGAUGAAAAUCCACUCACACAUACUACAUACAGAGCAUGGUUGUUGGUAUAUUAUUUUUCAAGAGAGGUUUCAUUAUGCAUACAUUUCUGCUCAUUUAUAUACCAGAAUAAAGGAGUGAACGCUGAUCACCUUUGCUUUUUUUGGUUUUUUUGUUUGGGUUUUUUUUUUUUGUCCUUUUAAAAUGUUUGUAUUUUAAAUAGUUCUGUUGAUUGCACUUGAUUUCAAUCGCAUCACCACAAGGGGGGGAAAUAAAAGAAACAGGCGAGCAGGACAAGUACACAAAAACUUACUGGAAAGAUUCAUAGCAAUCAAAUAGUGUGAGUGUGCUUGUAUGUGUGUUUAUGUUGUGAAGGGACAAUUUCUAAUAUGUGUAUAAAUAUAUCAAUAUACAUAUAAUUUUGUAAACAUUUUGUAUGUAUAAAGCUACAUUUAUCGUGUGUGUGUGUGUGAGAGAGAGAGAGAGACUGAAGGACUUGUUGUAGUGUGUGCAGUUUUGAUGACUGACUGACCGAGAGCCUGUCCAGUAUAUCGAUUGAGACGUACAUUGAAAUAUGUAGUUGUAUUUCAGAAGAGGAAAAAAAAAAAAAAAAAUCGGCUGUAGUUGUUACAAAAGGUAGCAAUCGGCCCAUCUUUUUGGGACAUGAAGUAUUUUUCCUUUACACUCCUUUAAAAAAAAAUAAAAAUCACACGUUUAAUGAGCGCUAUGAAGCUAACAUAGCUAUGUAGUCAGCCAUGGUCCAGAUGAUGCUUGAGUUUGAGUUGUAAAUACAAUAUCCAUUUUCUCAUCACCUGUAACAGUUGUUUUUAAUCGGACAUUAGAAUUUCAAUUGUUCUGCUUUCUUUUAUCUUUAUUAGUCAGUUUACUUUCACUUCCCAUUUUGUGAUGUGUGUUAAAUUCUUGAGUGUGUUCUUGCUGGAAAGUGUGUCAGUUGUGUUAUGAAGAUCAAUGUUAGGGUUUUUUUGUGUUUUUUUUUUUUUCAAGGAGGAAAAAAUAUGAGGGGGGAACUAAAUUUGUUUAAUUAUUUGAGACUGGGAUUCUGCAGUAAGGAAAUAUUUAUGGUGCCUUACAAAUAAAAGCUUCAGUGUACCUCUAA